UCCAAUGGCAGGUGAGGGGGAAGCGUGGAGCAUGACGCAAGGAUGACUGACACUGGCAACGCGGGGGCGGAUGGUAAUGGCCACGCCCUCGGCCGCCCCGGUCAGUCGGCGGCUGGACGGCGAAGGGAAGGGGCUUGUGUAAGAGCUGAAGAGUUGGUGAGCAGCUGGACUGCGGGGUUCACGACUGGGCGCUCAGAUGCCUCUGCAUGACCUGGGCAAGGUGGAGUGCCGGGAUAUAAGGGAAUGUGAUCGCGAGAUUGUCUUGGAGAUCAUGAGGGAAUGCUGGGGGGAGUCUGAGAACCGCCUCCUCCUCUUUGCCCUUACCCGCCCACCCUCGCUCCUUCUGCUUGCGCUCGCAAGCAGCGCCCUUCGCUUCCUGCUUGCCUCUUCGGCUGCUGCCCUCCUCCUGCCCCUCCUCCUGGCUGCUGCCCUCCUCAAGUUGGCGCUGGUGUCAUUCCGCCGCCCAGCGUCCUCGUCCUCUAGCUCGGACGCGCUGCUGGUGGCCUCCCUGUCCACGGGCGAGGUGUGCGGAGUUCUGGGUCUGGCCCCACCCUGGGGAACAGAGUCUUGCUGUGCUGAGGUGACCUGUCUGGCCGUAUCCAGGUUCCGUCGGCGCGGUGGCGUGGGCUCGGCACUCCUGCAGGGGGCAGAAGCAAGAGCGAAGGACGCCGGAUGCCAGCAGGUCCUGGCCCGUCUCCGGACGACCGACCGUGGUGCUCUGGCUUUGUUCCGUGGGCGGGGGUACAGGUCGGUGGGGGAUGGGGGCACGGAGGGGGUGGAAGAGACGCGAGGAGGGGCAGGAUGCUGCUGGGGGGUGCCUGUGGUUCAGUUGUGCCGUGGGGCCACUGUGGAGUACAUUAAAGAGCUCUGAAUUUCCCUCCCUCCUCUUCUCCCUCACCAGCCAAUAAUUGAGGUCAGAUUGUUGACCUCCCUCUAGUUGGCAAACUACUGAAGCUGAAUUUCCCUCCCUCCUCUUCUCCCUCACCAGCCAAUAGUUGAGGUCAGAUUGUUGACCUCCCUCUAGAUGGCAAACUACUGAAGCUGUACACCGUCUUUUCAUCCAAUGGUGGGGAGAUCAAACGAUUGACCUUCCUCCAGUCGGCCAAUCAUUUUUAACUGUCCUCCUACCAGUCACUGGUGGGGAGGCCAGAUUGUUGAAUGCACUCUGUCACUGCUUAUUCACUGUCCUCCCUCACUAGCCAGUGGAGGAGACCAGAUCUUUAUCCUCCCUCCUACCAGUCUGUCAGAGCACGUACAUCUUUGAUCCCUCUCCACUGAUGGCCAAUCAUAAUUCCAGGACUCACUGGCCUCAUUCCUUCACCAGGCAGUCGUGGGGAGGCCAAUGGGGAAGAGGUUGCCUCCAGACCUUUGACCGCACUCCAGUUGCACCUCAAACAAUCAGGAGGCUGCUUCUUCCAUACUUCACCUCCUCUUUGACCGCACUCCAGUUGCACCUCCCUUUCUCUGCCCAAUCAGAAGAAGCUGGUUCUUCUUCCUUUUCUAACAACCACCCCCCCCCACCAUCCUUUGAUCUUUCUCCAACUCCUCCCCCACCUCAGACCUUUGUCUUUUCUUGCUGCUGACAAGUCAGGUUCCUUCUGUUGCUUCCAAACCCAGGAGGAAGCCAAACACCCCUGGACAUCUGAACUCUCACACUGAAGGAAGACCCACCUGGGAUCAUUGUCCACUCAUCCAUUCGGGUGGCUGGCGUCAAACAUGUGAACUUCAUCAUGCUGACAAAUAGGGUGGCUGCUCCCAGUAUUAUUGUACUUGUGUCUGUUAAUCGAUCAGGAGGCUAGGUUGUGGACUCUUGGCCUCCCUUCUUGCCACCCAUUUAGGAGGCCGGCUCAAGACCUUUGACCUUCCAUUCCAACAACCAACCAGCCAAUCAGGAAGCUGGGUGCACAUCAGGGUACCUCACCUGACUGGAUUUUGGGACGGGGGGCGGGAGGGGGGGGGUUGCGUGGUGACGUCUUGUCCUGGGAGCAGAUGUAAAACCAGAAUAAUUUCCACCCAUUCCCACAAACAUCCUUCGGUUUUAUGGAAAGGAAGAUCACGACCUCUACAUCCACUUGCCUGUCCAGUAUCUCCUAGCUCAAGAACUCCAGUUCUGGCAAUCUUUUCUGCACCCCCACCGCCCCCCCAUUUCUGGCAAUCCCACCUUUCCUAAAGCAGGGUGACCAGAACUGAACACAGUUCUUCCAGUGUGGUCCUGUAGAACUGAACACAGUUCUUCCAGUGUGGACCUGUGGAACUGCAGCAUAACGUCUCAACUCCUCUACUCCGUGCCACAACUGAUGAAGGCCAGCGUGCUGAACAUGGAACAAUAGACAAUGUCCACCUCCCUCUGUUCCCUGUAACAAUGUCCACCUCCCUUUGUUCCCUGUGCACAGUGUCCAUCUCGCUCUGUUCCCCGUACACAGUGUCCAUCUCUUUACGCUCCCCGUACACAAUGUCCAUCUCCCCCCCAUUCCCCGUACACAAUGUCCAUCUCCCCCCCCCAUUCCCCAUACACAAUGUCCAUCCCCCCCCAUUCCCCAUACACAAUAUCCAUCUCCCUCCGUUCCCCAUACACAAUGUCCGUCUCCCUCCAUUCCCCGUACACAAUGUCCAUCUCCCCCCCAUUCUUGUACACAACAUCCAUCUCCCCCCCAUUCCCCAUACACAAUGUCCAUCCCCCCCAUUCCCCAUACACAAUAUCCAUCUCCCUCCGUUCCCCAUACACAAUGUCCAUCUCCCCCCAUUCCCCGUACACAAUGUCCAUCUCCCUCCAUUCCCCGUACACAAUGUCCAUCUCCCUCCGUUCCCCAUACACAAUAUCCAUCUCCCUCCG